GUGAGUUAGCACUGUCGAUAAAAUGGCUUUUUUACUCUUUAAAGCGGAGUUGGUGGGACGGAUUAGUUUAAGUUUUGUUCACAGAAAGUUUAAUUCUUAUAGAACACUUAGAGACCUGAACAGGUUCGGAGUUGAUCUCCUACCAGAGAAAUUAAAUCGAAGGUUAUUCCUCGGAGUCAAAUCGAAACCUCUGGACGAGGAUCUCAUUGAAUCCUCUCUUUCAGAACUUGAGAAGUUUGGUUUAAAUUCUCCCGGAUUAAAGAUUGAUUUGCCGGAGAUUACGGAUCUUCUUCCUAACUUGAAAGGACGAAAUGUACUUGACCAUUUCUCCAAGAUUGGUAAAGAGCAAACGCAACCCUACCUCUCCGUCCUGAGCCCGCUGUUACAAGCUGAGGUUCCCCCGGCUCCUGUGUAUUGGAGAAUAGAGCCGGGUUGGACGAGAUACGGGUUUGAUGGAUCUGUAGAGAAAGUUAAUUAUCCUUUAGAACCUGCCACAGUUUUCGAUGUUGAAGUGAGUGUGAAAACUGAUCCUAGAGCUGUGAUGGCUGUAGCUUGUUCCUCUCAGGCCUGGUACGCCUGGCUCUCUCCGCAUUUUCUCGCCGACGGAUUUCCGUCAAGGAUGACCCCGGACUCCAUGAUCCCACUCGGAUCCGAUUCCUCUGUUAAAGUGGUGAUCGGGCAUAAUGUAUCCUAUGAUAGAAUCCGUAUCGGAGACGAAUACAGGUUGGAUAGGUCUGGAACAAGGUUCAUGGACACCAUGUCUAUGCAUAUUGCCAUGAGCGGGAUGACAAGUAGUCAGCGUAUGAUGAAACAGGCGGAGAAAAAUAUGGAAGAGGACGGGAAACCAACCUGGCUCAAGCAGACCUCUAUGAAUAGUCUGGCUGAUGUCCAUCAGUUCUACUGCAACCCGGAGAACAGGAUUGAAAAGGAUGUUAGAGACUCUUUUGUAAAACUUUCCCUGGCAGAGCUCCGGCAAGAUAUACCGAACCUUCUUAAUUACUGUGCCGGAGAUGUUCUUGCAACCCUGGAUGUUUCCAAAGUUCUCAUUCCAAAAUUUCUCCGGGCUUGUCCACAUCCUGUAACUCUAAGUGGUAUGUUAACCAUGUCGACAUCUUUUCUACCCACAAACAACUGUUGGAAUAGAUAUCUGGAAGAUGCUGAUGCUGCCUACGAUGUGCUCGAGAAAACUAUGCUUGAACAGCUGGAGACUGAAGUACGGUUGGCUGCUGCACUGAUCAAGGAUACAAGAUAUACCCAGGAUCCUUGGCUCUGGGAUUUAGACUGGAAACCUGCUAGUCUCAGGACAAAGAAGAGAAAGUUCCUGGACAAGUUGAAAACGGACGAACUGCUGACCGACAAGGAGAACAAGUUCCCAUCCUGGUUCCAGGAUCUAGCGGAUGAAGAGGACGGACGAGUGUUCCUGAAUAUCUCCACCAGUAAACGGGUUGUGCCGAAGAUCCUUAAACUGACCUGGAAAGGGUUUCCUUUGCAUUUUGAUAAAACUGAGAAGUGGGGAUACCUCGCACCUACACCAAAUGCGGAGACCAUUAUGGAGUCGAUUGAAAAUGGAGAAAUGGAGACGAGGUUUCCAUUAAAAGAGUAUCUGGGUACCCUUGAGAACUGGAGGAGUGUGAGAAGCACGGAUCCAACGGAUAUAUUUGUAGAUCAGAUUCCUGACUAUUCAGAUAAUAAAUAUCUGAAAAAACCAGGUAAACCCGAUAAAUCUGAGGUUGGGAAAGAUAUCGGAUUACCAGGAGUACUUUUCUACAAACUACCUCACAAGAACGGUCCCAGGUUCAGGGUUGGAAAUCCUCUAGGGAAAGACUUUCUCUCCGCUUGUGGAGAAGGUGGCGCUCUUGCAUCCAAAAUAAAAAAUCUUGCCGGAGAACUGCUGAAGACUAGUUCUCAGCUGGCCUACUGGAGAAAUGCUAAGGAUAGAUUACUAGAGCAGGUUAAGGUUGACCUGCCUUCGGAGAAUUUACCUGAUUGCGUCACUUCCGAUCCAGCCUUCAAAUCUGAUAAUGUUUACAGUAUCAUUUUUCCUUCCUUAGUUGUAUCUGGAACUGUCACAAGAAGAGCUGUGGAGAAAACCUGGCUUACUGCGAGCAACGCGAGAAAAGACCGAGUCGGGUCAGAACUCAAAACCGCCAUCCGUGCUCCGCCUGGGUUCCAUUUUGUCGGCGCAGAUGUGGACAGUCAGGAGCUGUGGUUAGCAAGUAUACUCGGAGAUGCUGAAUGCGGAGGACACGGUUCUACUCCUCUGGGUUGGAUGAGUCUCCAGGGAGAGAGAUCAAAGGGCACCGACCUUCAUAGUAAAACCGCUAGCGCUGCUCAGGUAUCCCGAGAUCAGGCUAAAAUCUUGAACUAUGCCAGGAUCUACGGAGCAGGAGAACAGUUUGCAAGAUUGCUUCUCAAACAGUUCAACCCGGAUCUAACUGAGAGCGAGGUUAUGUCCCGGGCUCGACAUAUGUACGAGCAAACCAAGGGGUUGAGAGGAUAUAAACUAAACGAGAAAGGAAAAUGGUUGUACGAUUUCCUGUUCCAGGAGGAGAAGGAAUAUCAUGGUUCUAUGGUUUCCAAGAAAAUGAUGAAUAUUUUGGCCAAAAAGAUGCUUUUUAUCAACCGAGUGAUUGAAGAGAGUAAAAUGAUCAACCAUAAAGGAUCCAGUAUACUAGUUCAUCAACUUACCGAGGAGGCAGUAUCUUUAUAUCAACAGUUUACAGGAUCUACCAUCUCAACUGUAUCUCCGGUUCUCCUGGAUGACGGGAAACUACGCGAGUUCUAUCUGUACCUGGAGGAGAAGUUCGGUGAAACCAGUCAGUCCGACUUUGACGUGUUAAACUCCUUGGUUCAGCAGACGAUUUGGUUUGGUGGUAGUGAGUCUCAUACUUUCAACAAAUUAGAAGAGAUUGCUAUGUCCACGUUCCCCAAAACUCCUGUACUUGGAGCAAAUAUCUCUAAAGCUCUGGAUUCACGCCUGAUCGGACGGAACUAUCUUCCAUCCCGGAUAAACUGGGUGGUUCAGAGUACUGCGGUAGACUUUCUUCAUCUUCUCCUCUCUAGUAUAGAGUGGUUCUUUAUCCAGUUUAAUAUCAAGGGUCGAUUUGUAAUCAGCAUUCAUGACGAGGUGAGAUACAUGGUUCGAUCCGAGGACAGGUACAAGGCUGCCCUCGCUCUCCAUCUCUCCAACCUCCUGGUCAGGUCCCACGUAGCUGCCAGCCUCGGGCUAAACAACCUCCCGGCAAUUACUGCGUUCUUCUCCAGUGUGGAUAUAGAUACAGUCCUACGGAAAGAACCGAACAGUGAUUGCAUCACCCCCAGUAAUCCACUAGGACUGGAGAAGGGACACGGGGUUCCGUUCGGAGAAGGUUUGGAUAUUUUCCAGGUUCUGGAGAAGAUACAGAACAAGGAGAAGGAAGGAGAGAGGAUGAAGUCCUCUUCAUUGUGAUAUCUAACUUUUUUUUUUAAAUGAGCUUUAUUAAUCAUUCUGCAAAAUGUGGAUUGUGGAAACCGUGAAUUAUUAGAAAAUAUAGAUUUUUUACAAAAAAAAAAAAAAAAAUUUUAUGUUCUGUAUAUUUACGUUAAGGGUGCCCGUAGAAAAAAUGUUCAGAUCCUUUCAGCACGUGUCUUACACGUUUCUGUAAUAAAAUGG